AUGAUAGUGUGCACUUUUAUACCUGUACAAGGGCUCGGUGUCGCAGGAGGACCGUGGGAGUUUUAUAGACUCCUAGAGCAGAGCCAGCACCCGUGGAAUGGUGAGGAUGAUGGGCGGUUUGGGGGAAGAGGAUUAAAAUUAUGCACAGGUAGGAAGAUAAAGGGAUCUAUCAUUAACGAUAUAUGGAUACAAAGGUCCGACAAUACUGCUUGGGUCAUCGACAAGAAUGAGAGAAGGGGUGGACACCCGAGUACUCUAGCUGAACAGCUUGCUGACGGAAGUGUUCGCAUCUUGGUUUCGCUUCAGUACCUGGAUAAAAUAGAUCGUCAGUAUGGAGAAGCCGAAAAUACGCCGCGGCCGUCACUGCCGUCGUCGUCGCUCAUCGGGUUUACGCGAAAAAGAUCUCACCUUCGCAAUAGCAAACUCGAAAUCCUCCUGAGUUACAUGCUGCCGACGUUCUCGCAGGGCAUACAUGCCUAUUAUCAGGGAAUAAAAGGGAAAAUACGUCAAUUUUCGGCUGGCCUUUGA